UUAGAGAGAUGGAGGUAGUAUUAAGUAAGUAGAUAGAAUUUUGAAUAUAAUUUGGUACAGAUAAUGUGCCACGUCAAAUUGGAGUCACCUGGAUCUCAAGAAUUAAAAUUAUAUCCAAAAUUUUCUCGCGCUCAACACAAAUCUUAAAGCGUUUUGCCACUGUUUUCUGGACCUUCUCCUAUAUAUAAUGAACAACCUCUAGAACCAGAGUUUGCAUCAAAUUCUGUUGUUUCUUCAAUCCUUAUCCACCUACGUGAUGACUGUGGCUGGGAAGUUGUUGGUUCUCCUACUAUUGAAUGCGAUCUUAUAUAUAGGGACUGCUGCAGGCCCGCCUACGUGCCCUGCACAUCUUCACACUGAUUGUGCGAAUGCAUCAGGUGAAUGGGAAGGUGAAUUCUUCCCUGGGAUUCCCAAGAUCAAAUAUGAGGGUCCUUCUAGCAAGAACCCCCUGUCGUUUAAAUGGUACAAUGCUAAUGAGGAGAUUCUGGGGAAAAAGAUGAUGGAUUGGUUUAGAUUUAGUAUCGCCUUUUGGCACACUUUCCGUGGAACUGGUGGUGAUCAGUUUGGCUCGGCUACAAAAUUUUGGCCAUGGGAAGAUGGCACUAAUUCCCUUGCCAUGGCAAAGAGGAGGAUGAGAGCUAACUUUGAGUUCCUAGAAAAGAUUGGAGUGGAUAAGUGGUGCUUUCAUGAUAGAGACAUUGCUCCAGAUGGUGAAACACUUGAGGAGUCAAAUGCAAAUUUGGAUGAAGUGGUUGCCCUUGCUAAAGAACUUCAGGGUUCAAAGAUCCGACCUUUGUGGGGUACUGCUCAGUUGUUUGUGCAUCCACGAUAUAUGCAUGGUGCUGCAACUAGUUCUGAAUUAGGAGUGUAUGCAUAUGCUGCAGCCCAAGUCAAGAAAGCUAUGGAGGUUACACAUUAUCUUGGUGGUGAGAACUAUGUAUUCUGGGGUGGUCGAGAGGGUUAUCAGAGUCUUUUGAACACAGAUAUGCAAAGAGAGCUAAAUCACUUGGCUAUGUUCAUGGAAGCAGCAGUUUCUUAUAAGAAAAAGAUUGGAUUUAAUGGAACAUUGCUCAUUGAGCCUAAGCCUCAGGAACCUACAAAACAUCAGUAUGACUGGGAUGCUGCUACUGCUGCUAAUUUCUUACGGAAAUAUGGCCUUAUAGAUGAGUUCAAAUUGAAUAUUGAAUGCAACCACGCCACUUUGUCUGGACACAGUUGUCAUCAUGAAGUUGAGACAGCAAGAAUUAAUGGGUUGCUUGGAAAUAUUGAUGCAAACAGUGGUGAUCCACAAACUGGUUGGGACACCGACCAGUUUCUGAUGGAUGUGCCAGAAGCAACCCUAAUUAUGCUCUCAGUUAUCAAGAAUGGGGGCAUAGCACCAGGAGGAUUCAACUUCGAUGCUAAGUUGCGAAGGGAGAGCACGGAUGUAGAAGAUUUAUUCAUUGCUCAUAUUGCGGGUAUGGAUACCCUGGCUCGUGGCCUCCGAAGUGCUGCAAAGCUGAUUCAGGAUGGUUCUCUGAAUGAACUUGUUCGCAAGAGAUACCAGAGUUUUGAUACCGAGGUUGGCCAAGCCAUUGAGGCUGGAAAGGCUGAUUUUGAAAUGCUGGAGAAGAAAGCUUUUGAAUGGGGUGAACCCAAAGUUGUUUCUGCUAAACAGGAACUUGCUGAGAUGAUUCUCCAAAGCGCACUCUAAUCGUCUGAAGAUCGAAGACAAAUUGUGUACACCAAGAUCACUUAAGUGAUCGAUCGAUGCUGAAAGCAAGAGCAACCAUCAAAGGUGGCACAAAUUAGCUACAAGCACCGAACAAGCACCACUCAAUCAUCGAUUACAAGUUCUGCACAUGACAGAGCCUUUAUUAGAUCUAGUUAUGCUUCUUCGAUCGACCUCCUACAUCAAAUCAAAUCGCCCUAAUAUUAAUACCCUAUUAAUCGACCUCCGUUCUGCACCACUCUUUUUUUGAAGUCUGAAGAAUAAAAAAGAGCAAGUUAUUUUUCUUUUUUGGUCAAUUGACAUCCCUUUUGGGAUUAAGGGUCUCUAGCUUUUGUGGAAAUUCAGAACUUUCAUCCCGACUGUUGAGGGUUAUUCCCGAAGAUUCGAAAGUCCAACACAAGCUUUGAAUAUUGUAAGGAUGUUGGGUUGGUUUCAGUAGCGGACCUAGGCUUCAGGGAUCCGUGUAUGCACAUAUUUUCUUUGGCCCGAAAAAAAACAUCAUAUUAGUGUGGUAAAUAAUGUCGGGAAACAUUUAUCAGAUUUAUUAAAUAGAACCGAUUUACAAAAUACCGAUUUACAGCGGAUAGCUAAAU